AAUGUUGAAUGCCGCCAAACUCUAGACUAUUGAUUUUGGGGAAGUGUGUGACACUACAUCGUUAUUUUUCGAUUCCAUAACAUAAAGUAUUUAAGUUAAUCGCAAGGUGGGUAUGAAGUGACUUCACUUCGUUCAGUUAUUUAAUUUUAGGAAGACAGUUGAGAUUAUAAUGGCGCACUACACAAUAUUUAGUGAAUUUGAAUGUAAUUCUUCUAUUUACUUCCACAGCUUAUGCUGAGGAGUUAAGGAGUCACAAUGGAGUAGCGUGUAUUUGAAAAUUUUUUCCACGAGUACAUAAUUGAACAAGAGGGACUUUAGUCCAGAACACACGGUGUUUGGAUAAUCUGUAACCAAUUUUAAGUGGAGAUUGAAUUCAACGAUUUCUCCAAUCAUGUAGGGUAAAAUGGUUUUCCUGGUCUGAAGUACUUAUCUCUGAAACGUGUAUGAUAUUGGAACUCAGUGACCUUGCUAACAGACUUAUUUUGAGUACUAACGCUACCGUGCCACUAAGUUCCCUGCAUGUUUUCGGUCGUGAAUAUCUAAUACUAGGUAGUUGUUUGUAGAGUCUUAUCAUUGCAGUGUGUUUUAAGUUCUAACUUAAAAAAUCCCCGGCACAUAAUAAUUAUUGUACCGUUUGUAACCAUAAGCACAUGAAGCGAUCGCGAAAUCGUGCUGUCCUGGAGUACCUCAGUGAAUAAAUUUGAAACGUCCGUAUGGCCGAUAGUUGUCCAGAUUGUAUCAUAUAAGGUGACAAAAUCUAUUAUCACGUAAAACAAUUCCAAAAUGAAUGCCCCAGACCUUGGGAUCAUUGCGCUUGAGAUCUUUUUCCCAAGAUUUUAUGUUUCCCAGCAUGAUUUAGAAGUAGCAGAUGCAUGUGUUGGAAAGUAUACCCAAGGAUUAGGCCAAACAUCCCUCGGAUUUUGCUCGCUACAGGAAGAUAUAAACUCGAUAUGUUUAACUGUUCUCAAUAACCUCAUCAAACGUACAAAUCUUGACCUGAGGAAAGUAGGAUUCCUUGAGGUUGGAACAGAAACUAUAAUAGAUAAAUCAAAGUCCACCAAGACUGUGCUAAUGGAGUUAUUUAAAACUGCUGGCAAUUUUGAUGUCGAAGGAGUAGAUGUGAAAAAUGCUUGCUUCGGUGGUACAUCUGCCUUAUUCAGUGCACUUAACUGGCUGGAAUCUAGUAACUGCAAUGGUCGUCUAGCGUUAGUUGUCGCCGCCGACAUUGCAGUUUACGGUAGUAAAGCAGCUCGUCCUACUGGUGGUGCUGGUGCUGUAGCACUCCUGCUUGGACCAAAUGCUCCCCUAGUAGUCGAUCCUGGUUUACGUGCCAUACAUAUGGAACAUCGUUACGACUUUUACAAACCGGAUUUAAGUUCUGAAUAUCCUAUUGUUGACGGUCAAUUCAGUAUGCAGUGUUAUAGAGAGGCCUUAGAGGCGUGUUAUGAAUUGUAUAAGAAGAAAGCAGUCUCUAAAGGUCUUAAUGGAGCUGUAACAUCACCUUGGCAAGAUAAUUUAUCAGAUGUGAAUAACUCUGUUGACUAUAUGUGCCUCCACGCACCAUUUACUCGUCUUAUCCAGAAAGCAGUUGGAUGGUUGGGACUGGCUGAUGCGCGGAAGUUUUGUAAUCUGGUCACUACUUCAGUUACAAAUAAUUUAGAAAACACCCAAAUACCCCUCCACAAUCCUUCUCCCCAAAUUGUAUCGAAAUCCGAAUUUUCUGAUCAAGUCGAUCCACAUAUUGUUACAGUGUUGAAAGACUAUUGUAUACCUGCUGAGAAACAAUCUACCAUUUCUCAUCGGGAGUUGGAUGCAAUAUGUUUGAAAGCUACUGAAUCAUUAUACAAACGCAGAGUAGAUCCUGGACUAAUGUUCGCUAAGAAUGUUGGUAAUAUGUACACUGCUUCAUUAUAUUCAUGCCUUGCUAGUCUAAUUCUUAAUGUUCCCAAAGGUGAAUUAAUGGGACGUCGUAUUCUGAUGUAUUCCUAUGGUUCUGGAAUGGCAUCUGCUAUGUUUAGUAUUCUUGUUCAUCCAAAUCGAGAAUUAUCAACUGUUGUAGACUUUUCAUUAGCAUCAUCUAACUUUGCCGAUAAUUCAUCUGGUGAUAUCAAAUAUGGAAUUCACGAAUGUUUAUUUAAAAGGCGUACCCAAGUAAAUGUUGCAGAUUUUGAACUUAUGCUGGAAGAACGACGCAUCUCGCACAAUUCAGCCUCAUUUGAACCAACUUUUCGACCUGAUGGAUUAUUCCCAAAUUCAUAUUAUCUAAAGACAGUGGAUGAUCGCUAUCGUCGGUUUUAUGAAAAGUUGCCAGAAUAGUAAAUUGGCACUUCAGAAGAAGAUCAUCAUCAUGAUGUAGGACUGGAAAGGAUGGUUCCUUUUUUCUUUACCCCAUGGUCUCUUUAGGAAUGAAAAAAUGUAAUUAGUACCCUUUUCCCCUAGAUAAUUCUUCUAAGAUAGAAAAAGGAAACUAACUUGUCAGUGAUACUACUAUUAUAUGUAAUACAUAGGUAAUGAAAAAAGUAAGUAGUUCGCCUGCUGUGCAGAUUCCUGUCUUAUUUCUGCUUUUUGUUUUGACCAAUGCGCCAUCUUCUUUAAACAAACGCCUUCGUAGUAUUCUGCAGUAUUCAGUCGAUUUUUAGAGUAGUAAUUGUUUUCGAAAGAAAAUAUCUGAUAUUUUGUGUACACUAUUUUGUUUGUCCGUUUUUGUUACUGCUGAGUUCUUCUGUUGUCCUCUCAUCUAAAUGUAAUCGGAGAAAAGCUUUUUUUUCGCAGUUUUUUUAGUUAUUUAUUUUGCAAUAUUACUGGCAAACAGUUUUGAUUGGCAUCGCCUUAUUCACUCUUCGUUAUUUGCGUGAUAAACCUUUUCACAGUAAUCUUGUGCAUGGACAAUAAAAUCAAAAGAGAGAUAAAAUUAUAUGAAGUCAGUUUAUUUUUACAGUCAUAUUUUACUAUGA